GGAUUCAUCGACAUGUUUUUUGCAAUGAUUAGAAAGCACCUUCAGGUCUCUCUCUCUCUCUCCUCUCUCUCUCAGUUCUAAACAACAUGCAUGGUAUGUUACAGGGUCACUUUCUUCUUAAGAACAGAUAUAACAUUGUUAUUCCUGGAAGUGAAAUUCCUGAGUGGUUUAGGCAUCAAAGCAUUGGGGAUGAAGUUAGUAUACAAGAACCUUAUUCUCUUUUGUGUAAUGAGUGGAUGGGGAUUGCUAUUUGCGUUGUAUUUUGUUCUCUUCCACGUCACCAAAUCCACGAACAUUGUUAUCUCGCCUGUUACUUGAUAGCCAACGGAAAAGAAAUGUCUUUUGCACCGAUCACUGGCGACAUUUUUCCUUUAUCAGAUCAUAUUUGGCUAAUUUAUUUGCUUCCUCAAUACUACAAGGAGAAAGGCAUAAAAUUAGUGUGGGAAUGUGAUGUAGAUGGAUUCAGUCAGAUUGGGGUUAGAAUUGAAAACUAUAGUAGGGGCUUGGAGGUGAAGAAAUGUGGGUUUCGAUUGGUAUACAAGAAAGACAUCAAAGAUCUUAAUCGAACUAUGACUCAAAGACAUCAUAAUUUUGACAAUUUGAUGGCGGCAGCGGAAGGUUACAAAGCCAAGCAAACUCGAGAUGAUUAUGAUGAGGCUGGAAGCUCUAAUGAUGAACCUCACCCAAAAAGUAUUGGUAACUCUAACUGUGAGGAGUCAAGUGAGUACAAAGACUGUCGUGAAAAGCUAAGUGAAAGUGACCUUGAAGGUUAAUCAACUUUUUCCCCUGCAUGGAUGAAGAUCUGGAUGAAGGGAGGGGGUUGUGCGGAUCCUAAAGUACUUCUCAUUGUCGUUUUUGUCCAUUUUAUUGUCUAUUUGGACUUAUAAGAACAAGACAACCUUGAAGAAAAAUCAUUUCUCUGCCACUAAUGUGGUCUUGUAUUGUAAAAAUUUGAUUUCUAUGUGCAGGGUAACUAACAGUUCAAAAAACAAAGAAAGGCCAUAAGCAAGUGUAAGACCUUUAGAGAGUGUGCCAAUUGGCAACCAAUCCUAGUGGAGAUGAGCUGCAAGGGUAGGAGAAGGAAAUGCAGGGGAUCCAAGCUUCUUUUGAAAAAAUAGAGAAGGUGCAUGUCCAUGGCUGGUUGUUUCAGUUGAGCUUUUUCUUCCUUUUUGAUCUUUUUGUGGACAUUCACAAAAUAAACAUGACCCUGCCACUAGUAGAUAUUGCCACAGAUUUUCAAGAAUAAAUUCCAUUAAUUGUUUGUGCAUGCAUGCAAGCCAAACACAUAUUAUACAUGAACAGAAGCUCUAUAUAGAUAUUGCAUUCUCCUUAGAAUUAACAAACAGGCGGCAGAGUUAGCCAAUAGAGAGGCUGUGGUGAAGGACAUUCAACAGUUUACAUAUGUUUGGGUUUGACAGGUGGACAAAUUUCCUGGCGGUGGCUUCAUCCAUAGCACUCCUUGCCCCUAAGUUCUUUAUGAACACUUGCUUGGAUAGCAGGCUGCAAACUCUGAAUCUUGUACUGUUUCUUCUUGUGUUGUUUUGGUUUUAAUGUAAGAAAAAAGAAUGGCAAGGCAAAGCUUUUCUUCAUGUGCUCGAAAGCAAGUAAACAUCAACAUUGGAAGCUCUCACUGCCAAAUGUAUAUUGAUUUAUAGUUCUAUCCCCCAUAUUUUUUUCUUCCAUUCAAAAUUAGGCUUCUGGGUUGUCCUUAUUUAGAAUUCCAUAAGCAUAAGCUCAUUAGUAAAGGCAUGACACAUUGACAACAAGUAGUUCAAAAUGAAUGAAAACUAG